UCAGACCCGUUUAGUUCCAGUCUGUCUCUCAGAGCCGCUGCUUCGUCUCGGAACCAGAACCAGAACCAGAAUUGUAGAAUCCCGUAUCCUGAUGGACAGCUUGACAGGUAGGAAUGGUUCUGAACGUUUUGUCUGAGCGGUUCAGGAAGCUGCAGGUUCUGACUCUUUUCAUUUCACAGACCCGAUUCAUAACAAACGGGUCAAAAGGUUCUUCUGAAAAAUGUAAUAAAAAGAGAAAAAAUGGAUCAAAGAUUUCCAAACAUUCACAGCAUCAGGCUGGGAUCCAAACACAGAUUCUUUUUCUGGGUUUGGUUCUGACACUAGAACAGGUCCAGUUCUCUGGUUCUGGUGGUUUUGACCAGACAGACCCAGGACUCUAUUUCUGGUUCCGGUGUCCUGGUUUCGGGUCGGUAACGUUUGCAGCCUCGGGUUGAGUUUCUUCUGCAGCUUCCAGACAGAAAUUGGAGCUGCUGACGGUUCUGGAUGUUUCUGUGUCUCUGUGGGUCAAAGGUCAGCAGCUCGAGUGUCUGAAAGUUUUGGCUCCAGCACAGUGAACAGAACCACAGCUGACCCGCCAAGCCUGCGGCCUCAUUCCUGCAUCUUGUCCUGAAGUGACCGGCCGCCGAUCCGGACACUUAAAGGGAAACGGCGCCGGAUCCAACAUGGCCGCCUCUGAGGUCAACCUGGAGGACUUCAGCGUUUACGCUCACCUGACUGACGAAGAGCUGCUCCAGAUCGCCGAGGAGAGAAGUCUGUCUGACAAACAUCAGCAAGCAGACACUGAUCAGAGGUCAGCACCAAGGGGCCCUCCUCCAGAACCCAGAAACCCAGAACCCCCCACUGACCCGCCACGACCAGAACACAUCCAGAACUGUGCGAACCCCCCAACCGCCCUGACCCAGUUUCUCUACAGGCCCCUCAACAGAGAGUCCAGUCCUCUGCUGAAGGUCAUCAUGGACGGAGACGCUGAGGCUUUAAUGGACCUGGUCCGGCAGCGGCCCGCCAGUCUGACCGAGCCCUGCGACCAAGGCUGGGUCGCUCUCCAUGAAGCUGCCUUCUACGGACAGCUGCAGUGCGUCCGGAUCCUGCUCAGAGCUGACCCCAGCUCAGUGAACAGAUGUACGCUGAAGAACGAAACUGCUCUGCUGCUCGCUGCUCUCCGAGGAAACGCUUCCUGUGUCGAGUUCCUCCUGAAGCACGGAGCCAACGUGAACACUGCCAACAAACUCCGAGAGACGCCUCUGUUUCUAGCCUGUGAAAAUCCAAACGAAGAGGUUGUGGAGCUGCUGCUCAGGUACGGAGCUCAGGUGAACCUCAGCAGCAGUCAGGGUGAGAGUCCUCUGCACGAAGCCUGCAGACACGGCGCCCUGAUGAUCUGCAGGCGGCUGCUGGACGCCGGCGCCAACCUGAAGGCCAGGAACGUCUACCAGAUCCAGCCGCUGUUCAGCGCCGCCCAGAACGGAAACGCAGAAACCCUGCAGCUGCUUGUUCAGAGAGGUGCAGAUGUAAACGAACAGGCAGGUGAUGGAGCUUCGCCGCUUUAUGAGGCAUGCAAAAACGGCCACUUCCCAGUGGUGCAGGCGCUGCUCACUCUGAAGGCUGACGCUAACCGAGCCACCAACUCCGACCUGCUGCCUCUUCAUGUGGCUGUGAGGAAGAACCACAAACGAAUCGUAUCCUUGCUGAUCCCGCUCACCAGCCGGGUCAGAAUCAGGACCUGUGGCAUCAGCCCCCUGCACAUCGCCGCUGACAGGAACAGGGACGAGAUCCUGGAGCUGCUGAUUGAGUCGGGCUUCGACGUCAAUGCCGAGCUGUCGGAGGAGCAUUCCCAGAUGUACGAGGACAGGCGGAGCACCGCCCUGUACUUCUCCGUCUCCAACGGAAACCUGGAAGCCGCCGAGACGCUGCUGGAAGCCGGAGCCAACCCCAACCUGGACAUCUUCAACCCUCUGCUGAUCGCCGUCCGGCUGGGCUGGACCGACAUGGCGGAGCUGCUGGUGCGGUACGGCGCCGACGUCAACGCUCAGAUGUCCACGCAGCCGUCCUCGUUCCCGUCGGCCAUCCUGCUCGGCAUGGAGUCUCUGCCCAUCCUCAAGCUGCUGCUGGACAACGGCUGCGACGCCCGCCUCUGCUUCCGGUGUGAGUACGGCCUCCGACCGCAUCCGGCCGUUGCUCCGUCACGCCGUCCAAUUGAAGAACUGCAGGUGAACCAGCGCUCCCAGCCGCAGGGCUGCAUCCAGUGUUGGACCAUGGUGUUGUUCUGUGUGUUCCAGUACUGCCAGGCCAUCUCUAGCUCAUGUUUCUGCCGGAUAUCCGGCCCCAUCAUCUCCAUGCUGCUGGACUACGUCGGCCACGCCCAUCUCUGCUCUCGACUUCUGGACAUUCUGGAGAGUCGCAGCGAUUGGGCGUCCAUCAAACUGAAAGCUGCUCCUCCUCAUCCUCUGAUGCAGCUCUGCAGGCUGAAGAUCCGCUUCCUCCUCGGAGUUCAGAGGCUCAAACUGAUCCACACUCUCCCACUUCCUGUCCGGCUCAUCCGCUUCCUUCGCUACGACGUGUGCUGCUGACUCACCUGAAGUCAGGGGACACACCUGUCCCUGACUUCAUGCUUGGACCUGUUUAUUUCUACUUAUGUACCCUGCUGAGGUACAGCAGCCAUGUUGGGACAUUUUUAGUGAAGACGGACUCUGCCAGGAAGCAGAGCCUGAAUUUAUCCGACCAGAACCGUCAGAUAAAAUCUGACGAUUCCAACGGCGCUCCAGGUUUCUGCCAGACUCUGGAGCUCCGGGCGGACUGCAGCCCGACUGACGGACAGAACCUCCAGAACCUCUCUGAUCCAGAGGUUUCUGGUAUGAAACGGUGAUGUGAUUUUGUUGGAGGUUGUGUUUUCUGAAGCGACACUAGGGGGCGCCAGAGAACACGUUUCUGUGUGAAUCAGAGCUUUCAGUCUCUCUGCAGCAGAAGCUUUUCAGCCCUGAAGGAAGAAGUCAAUAAUUAAUCCGCUUUAUGUCUCUGACCGUAAAUGUUCUAAGCAUUUAAAUAUCAAUAAAUAUUGAUUAUCUAUCA